GAACAAUCGAAUAAAGUUCGUUUGGAAGCGAUAAAACAACGUGCAUUAGAAAAGAAAGUAGAAAGGGAGAAAAUUACUCAGGCUUUAAGGAAAAAUGAAGGAUCAACGAAGUCAACGAACCAUAUAGUGUUUUCUGAUAAUAAUUUAUCACCAAAAAUAUCUGAAAAUCUCAACUUGUUUGAUUCGGAUGAAGAACAUAACGACGAACAAUCAAACUUGGAUAUAGCAAUUAAUCCAAUAUUUGAAGGCGAAUCUGGACGUGAACGUCUCUACAUUCAAAGAAAGUUUCAUGGUGAUGACCGGUUCAAAUUGACUAGCGAUUUUGUUAGUGACGAUGAAAAAAAUAAUGCAGAUGAAAAUAAUCCUGAGAAAAAUGACAAUAUGGAUCAAGUACUGCCAGAAGAAAAAGCAAACCAGAUUGGAAUCUUGAAAGGGCUUCUGGGUUAUGAUCCAAAUAAAUCUAAUCCUAAAAAGAAAUCGUUGCAAUGGAAAGAACUGGUUCAUUUUGAUCCUGAUGCGCCUGAAGCUAAGAAUCUCGAAUUGGAUAGUAUUCACGAAGAUUCGGAUUCGUCAGAACCUAUAACCGGGUCUAAAACAACGCAGUCACAGCCAUCACAGCCCUUACCACAAGUAUCAAAAGAAGUAAAGAUCGAAAUAAAUGCUGAUUUAAAAAGAAUGUUUGCUCCAAACGCUUUAAAAG